AUGGUUUUCACCAACACUAAUGAGAUCAUCAGCCUGAAUGUUCCCACUCACUUUCCUAUUAAACUCACCACCACCAACUUCCCAGUUUGGCGCCGGCAGGUUCAUGCCACCCUCGUUGGUCUCAAUCUCCUGGGCUACGUUGAAGGUUCCACCAACGAACCGGCUAAAUUCUCGGACGAUGUUCAAUCCGUCCCCAAUCCUGAACACUUAAUUUGGUACCGUCAAGACCAAAUUAUUGUUAGUGCACUUCUAGGAAGCUGUACUGAUACAAUCCAGCCACUCAUCUCGUCGGCCACAACGGCUCAUGAUGCGUGGCAAGGCCUUGUUGCAGGUUAUGCUAAUACUUCCCGAGGACGGAUUAUCUCCCUCAAGGCAAAGCUAACCAGAAACCCGAGAGGCUCUCGGUCCAUUUCAACAUAUCUUAAUGAUAUGCGAGCCAUAGCGGACGAUCUUGCCUUGGCUCAGUGUCCGGUGUCUGAUGAAGACUUGCUCGUGUAUAUCCUGAAUCAGCUAGGAGAGGAGUACAACUCCAUUAUUUCUGCAGUUCGUGUUCGUGAGAAACCCCUUUCAUUGGGUGAGUUAGCCGAUGUCUUAACUGAUCAUAAACGUCAGUUGAAGGACGCAGAUGAUUCCCGCCAGCUGCUAUUGGCAACUGUUAAUGCCAUUCAGCGGACCUCGUCUCCUCGGAACAACCGGCAACGAAAUACCACUCGUACUAUCCGUACCAACACAAGCAACCACGACUCCAACCGGUCGACUUGGCAACAAGGGGGGACUACUCGGCCAGCUGUUAUCUGUAAGUUCUGUAACUUCGCAGGUCAUGAAACAAAGGUGUGCCGAAAGCUUGCUAGGUUCCUAAAAGAGCAUAAUGUCCUCACCGCACAGACUUCGUCUGCGGUCCAGUCCUCGCCGGCAUCUCCACCCUGGCGGUUUGACAGCGGUGCGUUGCAUCACGCCACCUCGAAUCUCGCAUCACUACAAACACUCUCCGAGUACAGUGGGCCUGAUGAGGUUCGCCUGGGUGACGGUAAUUCCCUUCAAAUUUCUCAUAUUGGUCGGUCUGCUAUUCCUACUCCGUCUUCUGUCCUUGCCUUAGAGAAUGUUUUGCAUGUCCCUCAGUUACACACUAACUUGGUUUCCAUAUCUAAACUCUGUCAGACUAAUCACGUCUCUGUCGAAUUUUUUGGCUCCCAUUUUCUUGUUAAGGACCUUCGAACCGAGACUGCGCUGCUGAAAGGAGUGAACAGUAAUGGUGUAUACUAUGGACCAGUUGCUCCGCACCCAACUGUUCAUGCUACACAGUUGUCGUGUCUAUCUCAGUGGCACCAACAGCUUGGCCAUCCGUCCAAUAAGGUGUUGCAACUUGUGUUGCAACGCUGUAAUGUUCCAAAGUCAUCUAACAGCUUACCCUCUGCUUCUAAUGAUUCAGAAUCACGUCAUAUUUUGUGCAAGUCAUCUCCUUUGACUACACAGGUGGAACCCGUGGGUGUUCCAACACUAGCUCCAACUCCAGUUCCAACACCUGUUCCAACACCGGUUCCAACACCAGUUCCAACUCCAGUUCCAACACCAGUUCCAACACCAUCACCGUCAGCUGCGUCCAAUUCGUCUUCUCCUACUGUCUCAGAAAAUGGCCAACAUGCAUCCCAAUCCGUGUCUGACUCACAACCUGUCUCCACCUCCGAAACGUCUCAACCGUUGAAUAAUGUUCGUCGUUUCACUCGGGAGCGUCGUCCUAAUCCUAGGUAUUCUGAUUACGUUAUUAACCACAUCACUUCCCAUCCCUUGCCUCCUGCUUUAGAACCUUCUACCGUCGCCCAGACUCUUAAAGACGCUCGGUGGAGGAAAGCAAUGGAUGAGGAGUUUGAAGCGCUGCAACGUAACAACACGUAG